GUGAUUUUGCUUUGGACUUUUAUUAUGCUUCAGAAACUUACUGUUUGUUUGCCACCACUUCCAUCAACCAACUCCUCAAGAGUGGAUUUACCCAUUGUUUCAUCAGUCAAGCAAAACAGCAUUUUGAACUAAUUAUCCUUCUCCACAUGGCCUUCCUACUAGUGUCAUCUUAUCUUUUGCUGACUUAUACUCAGGGUGCUCCUGUUGAGAAUGGGGCACUUUUGGAGACACUGAAGUCACAAGUAGGAUUAUUCAGCAAUAAAAGUGAACAUUAUUCAACACAAGUGAGACCUCCUGGGACAAGCCGACGAAUACCUCAGACAAUCAUCAUAGGAGUUCGUAAAGGAGGGACCAGGGCUUUACUAGAAAUGUUGGAUAUUCAUCCUAAUAUUGUGGUAGCAGCUACAGAAGUCCACUUCUUUGACUGGGAUGAAAAUUAUGUGAAAGGAAUAGAUUGGUAUAGGAGUCUGAUGCCAUUUUCUUAUGAAAAUCAAAUUACUAUUGAGAAAACACCAGGCUAUUUUACUUCUCCACAGGCUCCAGAAAGAAUUCAUGACAUGAAUAGCUCUAUUAAACUGCUGCUCAUUCUAAGAGACCCCACUGAGAGAGUUAUAUCUGAUUAUACCCAAGUCUAUUACAACAGAGUAGAAAGCCACAAGCCUGUUCAGCCCUUUGAAGAAAUUGUUAUUAAAAAUGGAGCACUUAAUACCAAAUACAAGGCUAUUCAGAGAAGUCUGUAUGAUAUCCAUAUGGAGAAGUGGCUUAAGCAUUUCAGCUUGGAUCAGAUUCACAUAGUAGAUGGAAAUACUUUAAUCAAAGACCCUCUUCCUGAGUUACAAAAAGUGGAAAAAUUUCUUAAUCUUCCUUCCAGAAUUAUGUCUUCAAAUUUUUAUUUUAACCAAACCAAGGGAUUCUAUUGCAUUCGAAGUGAUGGGAGAGAGAGAUGUUUACAUGAAUCCAAAGGGCGUCCCCACCCUGUUGUCAACAGUACUGUUUUAGAUCAACUUUAUUCCUACUUCAGAGAGCACAAUUCCAAAUUUUACAGAAUGAUUAAUCAUUCUUUUGACUGGCAUUAAUGCAUUUGGAAUAAAUGUUUCUUAAUAUAUCCUGAAAUAAACUAUUUUCAAACCUGUCUUUCUAAACUGCAGGUGCCCAUACAGAAAACUUAAAAACUGGCUAUGUGGAAAUAGAGAAUAGAGUUUAUUUCAUGGGAAUAACAUGUCCAUUCGUUGUAAUGAUACACUUUAAAUAUGGGUGAAAUGAGUUUGAUAUAUUUGUAUAUAACUGUUGUAGGCCAGAUUCUGAUCUCAGUUAAAUUGAUGCAAAUCCUGUAACUUCAGUGGGGUUACUCCAGGCUUACACUUGUAUUAUUGGGACCAGAGUUGAGUAGUUUUGGAAAAGUAACUAUAAGAAAUGUAGAUAGCUUGAAAUGGUAUUAUUCUAAUUGUUCUGUAAUUUUUGUUGUUAGUAUUUUUAUAUCAGGCACCAUGAUAGUGACAUAGAUUUCUAGGAUUUUCAUACAGUAAAAUAAUGACAUAUGGUAGAACAGGAGACUCUAAAAGUGGUUCCACUAAACAGUUGAAAACUGCUAAAGUAAUUAUUAAUGUAAAGCACAUCUUACCUACAUAACUUAUAUAAUAAGGCGGAGGAAAUUCAGUCUAUCUAUGAUUUUGAACAACAGUGCCAGUUUGCUAUAUGUUAAGGUUCCCCAUAUGUGUGGUGUUUAGAAUUAAAUAACACUGCUAUUAUCCAACUGUAAAAUCUUUGAAUAGGUUGCAGAAAUUAACAACCUGGAGAAAUUUUAUAAUUUUGGUAUUCUAAAUACAGGAAAUGAAAAGAUUUCAAAUACCCUUGUUUUAAACUACAAUAUUGAUCUGCGUUCUAAAAUGUAAACCUACCAACAGAAUGAUCGUAUUAGCAGCAAUUGUAUAAUUAGUUAACUAUAUAAAUUAUGUCACUUUACUUUUAGAUGGAAAAUACUAUUCCUCAUCAGUAUUACCUUAUUAAUCAUGUUUGUAUUUCUGUAAUUAAUUGUUCUACUGAUCUCAUGGAUUUAGUUUAUGCAUCUAAUUUGGCGCACAGUUUACUGGAAAAAACCUUUCAUUGCAGGCUUUCCAAAGCAUGAAGUAACAUUUUUGUAAUUUCUAUUUGCAGGCCAUAAGAUGUACUCAAAGUUAAAGCUAAUUUCAGCAAAGCUAAUGUUAUAUUGUAUAUCAUAGACGCACAAUAAUCUAGAUAUCAACUACGAGUUACUCAGAUAAUCUAUAAAAAAUCAUGUCAAUCUAUACUUAUGCAUUAAGAAUCGUUUGUUUAUAAUAUAUUUUUUAUUUGAGAGCA